CCCCCCCUCUCUGUGCGCGUUGGGUUUUGCUGGUAAGAGAGAUUCCGAUUUCCGUGCGCGUUGACGGUUCAGUCAUCAGGGCUUCACAAAGUCUCUCUCUGUUUUUCUCUGCGUGACUCGUCACCUCCAAUUGCUCAUUCAUGUCUCCGAGCAAGAUGAAUUCAGCUGAUGAUGCAAGUCAUUCUAGCUCACAGCCAGAGAGCGGUUUUAUUGAUUCAGCUUCUUUUGUAAAUUCUCAGAUAGCAAUCCGGGAGCUUCUGCAACAAACUCCUGUACAUGAUAACGAUGACCAUCUAAUGGAAUUUGCAGAGGCUUUGGGAACUGUUCAAAAGGCAUUAAGGCAAGCUGCUGAAGGAAAGGCUUCUGCUCAAGCUGAGGCGGCAGAAUGGAAGCGGAAGUAUGAACUUGAAAGAGCACGGAAUCAGGACUUUCAACAACAAGAAAAAAUAUCAGGAGGUAACCAUGAUGAUGAUGUUCACUGCAAGAAUACACAAAACUUGGAUGACCAGAAUGAUUUGUGUAAUCAAACCAACGAGCAACCUGAAAGGUGUUGUGCGGAGCAUGGAAUUUGCUCCCAUGAGGUUCUCUUCAACGGGGAAAACGAUUCUGCAUCGAGGGCAAUUCAAAACCGAAUGACGAGAAAGGCAUCAUUUAAACUCUCAUGGUGGUGCAAAGGUGAGAGAAGUGAUCAGCACAAACAUGACAUCGUGUCUUUUGAAAAGGGAAAUAUCACAACAGCUGGGCGCACUAGUAAACAGAUUACUUUGAAGUGGGAGUCUCCUCCACAGACAGUGCUUAUUAUGACAAAACCAAAUUCAAAGUCCGUUCGAGUCCUAUGUGUGCAAAUAGUCAGAUGGUUAAAAGACCACAAGAACUUGAACAUUUACGUGGAACCACGCGUGCGAUCAGAGCUUCUCGCUGAUUCGUCUUCCUUUGAGUUUGUCCAAACUUGGCAAGAUGAAAGUGAGAUUCUGGACUUGCACAAGAAAGUUGACCUUGUAGUCACUCUUGGCGGGGAUGGAACUGUCCUUUGGGCGGCAUCAGUGUUCAAAGGACCAGUGCCCCCCGUUGUCCCCUUUUCUUUAGGGUCCUUGGGCUUUAUGACCCCUUUCUACAGUGAACACUACAAAGAAUACCUGGAUUCGAUUCUUAAAGGUCCAAUCAGCAUAACAUUACGGCAUCGGUUGCAGUGUCUCGUUGUCAGGGAUUCGGCUAGAAGUGAAUACGAAAAAGAAGAACCGAUACUCGUUUUAAAUGAAGUCACAAUUGAUCGGGGAAUAUCAUCAUACCUCACAAAUUUGGAGUGCUAUUGUGAUGACUCCUAUGUCACUUUGGUACAAGGAGAUGGGCUAAUCUUGUCAACUACCUCUGGCAGCACUGCCUAUUCAUUAGCAGCUGGAGGAUCAAUGGUUCAUCCACAGGUUCCCGGCAUACUAUUUACGCCAAUAUGUCCUCAUUCCUUAUCCUUUAGGCCAUUGAUAUUACCCGAACAUGUCACUAUUCGGGUGCAAGUACCUUUCAACAGCCGAAGUCCCGCGUGGGCAUCAUUCGAUGGCAAGGACAGGAAAAAGUUAGAAGCUGGGGAUGCACUCAUCUGUAGCAUGGCUCCAUGGCCUGUCCCUACUGCUUGUCUGGUUGAUUCCACCAGCGACUUCUUGCGCAGCAUCCAAGAUGGCCUCCAUUGGAAUCUGAGAAAGACCCAGUCAUUUGAUGGUCCACGAGAACUGUGAGUGUUUUCUCCCCAAUAUAUGUAGUUUAGGUAUCGGCCGACAAAAACGAGCUAUGUUAGUUAAAAAGAAAGUGAUUCCCGUGGAAUCUGCUAGUUCACAAUAGUGUCUAUAGCUGUUGUGACAUCUUACUCGUAGUUGUCACCUGAAGUGAAGGGAGUGCCUUCAUAGCAGAUAGAUGUUUAAAAUUCUGGAGUAGUAAGUGUACAUGAAGUAUUACUUCAUAUUCUUUGAAAUCUGUUGGAUCAGAUGAAGCUCAAG